AGCGGCGGGCGGGUGGGACCCAGAGCCGCGGCCCGCGCCCGCCCCGAGUCCCGCCCCGGCCCGCCCCGGGCCAGCCAGCCCGGCAGGGACCGAGGAGGAGGAGGAGGCGGCGGGCGGCGGGUCAUGCGGCUCCUGUUCCUGGCGGUGCUGCGGCGGCACACGGGCAACGCCGUCACGGCGCGGCGCGUCCGGGACCACCUAGAAGCCGCGGGCCACGUGUGUGUCCUGAAGGAUGCCUUGGACUUCGACAGCCCAUCCGAGGUGGCCGACCUGGUCCAGGUGGACGGCGUGGAGGCCGCGCUGGCUCUGCACCUCUAUCGCAGCGGGCGGCUGCUGCAGGGUCUGCCCAUCCCUUUUGGGGUCAUCUUUGGCGGCACAGACUUAAAUGAAGACGUGAACCAGGAGGAAAAGUGCCGAGUGAUGGGCAGGGUCCUGCAGGAAGCCAGGUUCGCGGUUGCAUUCACAGAGGCCAUGCGGGAGACAGCGCACAGGCAGUGGCCGCACAGCAGAGGGAAGGUGUGUGUGCAGAGCCAAGGAAUCGCCACCGUGCCCAACACAGCCCUGAGCUGGCCCGGCUUCCUGCAGCAAUCAGACAUCAGCCCGAGCGCCGACGGCCUAUACGUGUUCCUGUUGGUCUGCGGCCUCCGGCCUGUCAAGGACCCGCUGUACCUGGUGGACGCCUUUGCAGAGUGGCACCAAGAAGAGCCCGGCGUGUACCUGGUGAUCGUGGGCCCAGAGGUGGACCCAGCGUUCACCAGGGAGGUGAAGGCCACAGUGCAGAGGAGCCCGGGCGUCCGGCUGCUGCCUGAGAUGCCCCAGGAGGACCUGCACGCGGUCAUCAGGAACUGCUUCGCGCUGGUCAACAGCUCCGUGUCCGAGGGCAUGUCAGCAGCCAUCCUGGAGGCCAUGGAGCUGGAGGUGCCGGUCCUGGCGCGGCACAUCCCAGGGAACGCGGCCGUGGUACAGCACGGGGUCACGGGGCUGCUGUUCGCAAACCCGCAGGAGUUCCUCCAGCUGGCCCGGAGGCUGGUGCGCGACCCCGCCCUGGAGAAGGAGCUCGUGGUCCACGGGAAGGAGUACGUGCGCAAGUGCCACUCGUGGCAGGCGGAGCGUGACACCUACCAGCGCCUCGUGCAGCGCCUGCAGGGGCCGGCGCCCUAGGCCCCCCACAAAACGCGAGCCUGGCCUGGCACACGCGCUGGCCCCAGGACACCCGCAGCCCCCUCGGGCACUUUCCCAGCAAGCCUGAUGACCGGGCUGAUGGCCGGCUGGGGACGUUGUGGGUGUGACUGACCGUGGGCCGGCCAGGACACUCCCUUCUAUCCACACCGUCUCCACGUGUGGCCGCGAGGGUCCAGCCAGCAGGACCUGUGGCCCCUGCAUAUGCCCCUCCUGGGCUGCCCCCAUGGCACCUCCUGAACACCGCCAUGAUCUUCUCCCAGGGCAGCUGGCAG